GCAGUUUGUGCUUUGCAUCGAGACGACGUUAUCGGGGCGACCGCGCUGCUAUAUUGUUUUGAAAAUAGUUUGCUGGAGUAAAAUAAAAAAUUACUUAAAAUUGUAAACAAAUAGAUUUUGUGCAAUUAAAAAGCUAAUUUGUGAUAAAAGCCUAAAAUUACUGUGGAACGUUGAAGUCUGACUUUUUAUAAAAAACACAAUUUUCUUGUUUAAAGAAAAUUUACGAGAAGGACAAAAAAAAGGACAAAAUUAUUUUAAUAUAGUAUACAGUGAGUGUGAGCAGAACAAGGUGUGUAAAACAAGUGUCAAAUAGUUUUAAAAAUCCAGUUGGAAAUAUUUUUUUGGCAAGAAAAUAUCGUACGGGAAAGAUACCCUAAAAACUGUUGGAAACACAAAAUUCAAACGUUCCUUUUUAAAUUUCAUAUCCUUGAUAGUUGCACAAAAAACAAAAAAAAAUGGAUUUUAAUUUUGCUGAUUUAAAAAAGGAGGCUGCCGCUACUGGUGAGGAUAUUUUCACUCAUGUUACUGAUGUUGGUAAAAAGGCGGCCACCUCCGUAGUGAGCGCAGCUCAAAAUCUGAUUGAUGAUGUCUCAACCGAACCGCAUGAUAAUAACCUCCAUUCGGCUGCAAUGAAGGACUUUGAUUUCGAGCAUGUUGAUCCGCAAACGUUUGUACAGCGUAUGUCGGCUGGUGCAAAGGAAGCACAAGAAGAAUUGGAUGCCAAGUUCGCACAAAAAACACAAGAUUUGGAUUUUCUUCAGGACACUCACGAUAUUGGUGCACAAAUUCAACAGGACGGCCGUCAAGGCAUGGCUGCUAUGACUCAUGAUUUCAUGAAUGCUGAACGUAAUUUUUUCGAUACCCAUGUUUUAAAGGGAGAUGUACUAAAACCAGCUCCAGUAGCACCUGUAUCAGCACCGGCACCAGCACCAGCACCAGCACCAGCUGUUAACAAAUAUGUUGUUCCCGAAGAUGAUUUGUUUAAUAUCGGUAACGUUCCAACAGCACCACUUGCUCCAAUGACUAAUUAUUAUGACGAACCAAUUAUUGCAUCUGUCAAUAAAUCAGCAGAUAUAGCACAAACCAACAAAGAUUCAGAUACUGAUUCUCCAUCAAUAUCUUAUAAUCCGUCUCCAGCUAAAAAACAUCCAGUCGCCGAUGCACUUAAGGAACAAGAAAACGAAAAAUUCAUUUCAUCUGAGGAUUUGCUUAGUGAUUUUAAAGAAGAACGCAAUCCUACUCCAGAUUUUCAUGCUGCUCCAACUGUUGGAGUUCCGACAUUUGCAAGCUCUGGCAUAAAUGAUUUUACCAAUAAAGUUUCGUCCUUCGGUAUUGUGCCUACAACUGAUCUUGAUGAGGACAAUGACGUGGAAAUUAUUGCAAAGGGCACGUACAAAGCUGAAGAUGAUUCAUCGAAAUUUGAUGCAGGCAAGCAAGUUUUCGAUACUAAAUCCACCUUCAUACCAGAAACGAAGCCAAAAAUUGAAACAAUUACCGCUCCAGCUCCAGUUCCAGCUCCAACUCCAAUCACUGUUAAAGCAGAGUCAUCCAGUGUACCAAUUAAACCGCAACCAACUGAAGCUACAGCCAAGAAGGUGCCAACUACUUUUGAACAGGAUACUAAGGGACUACAGCCAAAAAUCAUAUCAGUUGAAGAGAUUUUCUACAAGUAUGGACUCGAUGCUUGGUUUAAACCGGAACGCUUACAUCCACGAGUUGAAUCCCUUAUAUAUUGGCGCGAUGUAAAGAAAUCAGGUAUUGUUUUCGGAGCCGGGCUUGUAACACUCCUGGCCAUAUCAUGCUUUUCGGUCAUAAGCGUAUUUGCGUAUUUAUCGCUUAUUCUACUAGGCGGCACAGUGGCAUUCAGGAUGUAUAAAUCUGUAAUGCAAGCCAUACAAAAAACAUCCGAAGGACAUCCAUUCAAGGAAUACUUGGAUAUUGAUUUAACUUUAUCACAGGAUAAAGUACAAAACAUUGCUGGUGUGGCUGUGGCCCAUUUAAAUGGUUUUACUGCUGAACUUCGACGAUUAUUCUUGGUUGAAGAUUUAGUAGAUUCCAUUAAGUUCGGUGUUAUUCUGUGGGUUAUGACAUAUAUUGGCGCUUGGUUCAAUGGCAUGACUUUAGUCAUUUUGGCUUUCGUCACACUGUUCACUUUGCCAAAGGUAUACGAAAAUAACAAACAAUCAAUAGAUGCUUAUUUGGAUUUGGUACGAAGCAAGCUGACGGAAGUGACUGACAAAAUUAAGGUGGCCAUACCGAUUGUCAAUAAGAAACCAAUCGCAGCAGAGACAGAUAAGGACAAGUAGAUUAUUUGUAAAAAUAACACUAAAAAGAUUAAUAAUUAUAUAAUAAAAACAAGAACAAUUUAUUAAUGUUAUAUUUGCAAAAAAAUGAAAACAUAUAUACAAAAAAUUAAGUAAUGACAACAAACUUUAAUAUCAACAACAACAAACAGAAAAAAAAAUUAAAUAGAAUAAUCGUAACUCUUAAAGAUUAAAAUACAAAAAGAAAUUUUGACACAGAUAGCUGGAGCAAGACACUGCAAUUAUAAUUAUAUUUUAUAUCAAACGAACGAAGUUUAAUAUUUUCUUUAAUU